AUGGAACGGCGAAGAGACGAGGAAGAGCGUGUGAUACGUCAAAACGAUGAUCUAAGAGAAAAGAAUCUUAGAUUGCAAGAACAUAGAUCAAGAAGCGUUACACGAUCAAGAUCUAGGAAAAGCAGAAGUUCAUCAAGACGAAGUCAAUCUAAUCAAAGAGAUGUUAGGCGAGAGCAACCUUUAGGUAAUAUUGAUGAGAACUUACAAGUAGGUGAUAAUUUACAAGAUCAACGCGAUAAUAAAAGCAUAGAAUAUGACCGAUAUGAUCAGCCGUGUGAACAUCAUCGCCGACAAGAAGGUCAAAGGAAUAAAAAAUGUCAAAAUGCAGGCGAACGAUAUCGCACGCACUAUGAGUCAGAUAAUGAUGAAGAAAAUGACCCAGAACAAGGGGGAAUUCUAUUGCAUGGUAGAGAAAUAUUGAGAGAUAAAUAUGCACGCGAAGAAGAGGAUGAAAUAAAUAAUGCUAUUCGUGAACGUAUGAGAGAUGAAAGAGAAAGGCGUAGGAGAAGAAGAGAAGAAGCUGAAGAAAGAGAGAUACAAGAGGCCAUGCGACAGAAUAAUCAUGAGAAUAGAUUGAGGCAAGAGAUAUUAAAAAGGCCUAUGCGACAGGACUUAGAUCAAAAUAUGAGUGAAGACAUUCUUAAAGAAAUGGUAGAACUAAGAUAA